AUGUACCAAGUGAAGCAGCCAUUCACUUUUUCUCAAGAGACAAAUCCAACCCAAACCGGAGAGAAGGUUGACGUGGCCUUGAAGAAAUACAUGGAGGAGCAGAGAUUGAUCACCAAGAACCUAUAUGAGAAGCUUGAUCACAUGUUUGGUGAUCUAAGCAGCAAGUUUGGGUCUCUCUCUACUCACGUUCAAAAGCUUGAGGUGCAAAUCGCUCAAACAGCCGAGGCUGCCAAGAAACAAAAUGAGGUAAACACUCAAACAUUUUGUAGUGUUGUCUCAUCUAUAGAUGGCACUAUUGUUCCUACACUAUCUCAAAGGGAAGAAGAAGAAAAUGAGCCUAAGGAGAGGCACAAACCGGAGAGAUACAGUUGGGAAUCAAGAAGAGCUUACAAGAGAAGACUUGAAGGCAAGCCACUACAAAAACAAGAAGAUCCGGGGAAGUUUGUGAUAACUUCAAGUAUCAAUGGCAUUCAACUCCAUGAUUGCUUAUGUGAUACUGGUGCUAAUGUUAAUCUAAUGUCUCUUGCACUUGCAAAAGACUUGGGAUUCAAGGAAUUCAAGAGCCCCAAGAUAAGAGUCGAGUUUGCGGAUCUAUCGUUCAUGGAACCGUAUGGAAUGCUUGAAGAUGUUAUGAUGGAAGUAGGGGGUCGAUCAGUCCCAACUGACUUUCAAAUCAUAAUUUGGGAAGGCUCAAAGAGGAAUCAACUGAUUCUUGGAACCCCAUUCCUUGCUACAGCUGGAGCGGUCCUAAACUACUUUGGGAAUCAUCUAUCUUUUGGCCACAUCCGGCAAGAUAUCUUUUUCCCAAGCGUAAAUUUCAGGCAAGUGCCAAGUGCGACCAAGCUACCACCAGAAGAAGCCCCUCUCACGCCUAAGAAAGAAGCCGUGAUGCACGGAGGAAGAAGAGAAGGAGAGCGCUACCCAAAACCAAAGGAGAAAAAGAAAACGUUGGAGUCGAGGCAUGAAAAUGUCUUUAAGGACAUCAACUCCAUCUCACUUCCAACCUUUGAUGAAUAUGGAGCUGAAGAGGAGACUAAUGGAGCACCUAAUCUCUUUCACAAGAUAAGAAUCUUUACACCAAAAGAUUUGGAGCUUAAAGGUGACCAAUACAUUGAAGAAAAGCUUGAGAGAACUAUGAAGCUUUUCCCCAAGGCAUUGGUUUUCAAAGAUGAUGUGAGAGACGACUAUGGCGUGACAAAACCACUACAAGAAGCCACUGAACCGGAGAAUGGAGUAGCUAAAGGGAUCCUUUGCCCUUCAGCCACUCUUCACCACGAUUGA